CCUUCAACUAUAUUUUUUUCUGGUCAUGUAGCACCAGUUUCAAACGUGUUUGCACUUGUGAAACUGCACAGGCAGCCUAGUUCCAUAAACGGAUCAUAUUUCCGGUCGUGAAAUACUUAUUUACCGUUUCCCCGCCCUCCCGAGAGCAGCAUCCUAGUUAACCUACCGUAGACUGUAUGCAGCCGACCAGCUCGUAACGUCACGCCAUUUUCCAUCGACGACCGAGAGGAACAAACCAGCCAGAGAAACGCGGGUAGUCAGAGCUGUGGAUUGCACCGAAAACGAUCCGGUCAUGCAUCGUGACUGUCCUCUUGACUGCAAGGUCUAUGUUGGAAAUUUGGGCAACAAUGGAAACAAGACUGAGUUAGAGAGGUCGUUCGGCUACUACGGUCCUCUGCGCAGUGUUUGGGUGGCCAGGAACCCUCCAGGCUUCGCCUUUGUAGAAUUUGAAGACGGUCGAGAUGCUACUGAUGCCGUGCGAGAGCUCGAUGGAAGGACGUUGUGUGGUUGCCGGGUGCGAGUAGAGCUGUCCAACGGCGAGAAGCGCAGUCGCACCCGUGGCGCUCCUCCUCCAUGGAGCAGGCGCCCUCGAGACAGAGACGACAACAACAGACGUCGUAGCCCACAAGCCAGACGAAGAUCCCCACGCAAGAGGAGCUUCAGCCGCAGUCGAAGCAGGUCUUUCUCCAGAGACAGGAGGAGGGAGAGGUCCCUCUCCCGGGACAGGAACCAUAAACCUUCACGGUCUUUCUCCCGAUCAAGGAGUCGCUCCAGGUCUAACGACAGAAAGUAGAGGAACACCCGCCGGGUGUAAAGGGAGCUGAAGAUGAACGGUUGUACAGGCUUGCCCGUUUCAAAUGAUGGAAUUCAACAUGGCCGUGUCGCCGUUUUUGUGAUGACUUUUUUUGUUUUAACAAUCAAGUGUUUUAGUGUCCCUCCCCUUUACAUGUUAUCAUUUUCACAGACAUUGAGUGGGUGUGUACAAGUGUGACGCCUCACCUCAGUCCACCUAGUCUGUCCUGAAACAGUCGUGCCACCCAGCAUUCCAGUUCACCAAUUAUUCUCUUAAGAGUUUUUCUUUUUGUCAAUGAAUGUACUGUGUAGUUUGACAUAGUGUGAGUAGUUGCUCUUUUUCAAUGCCAUCAUUUUUUCAGUGAGGAUUGGGAUGAUUUAUAAGAGUCUCUCCUUUUGACUGUCUGUUUUCAAUGUGCUACUUUCUUACUUCACCCUGAUGGUUUCCAUCUGUUAAAGGUUGGUUUGUAAUAAAAACAGCCUCGCGUCCAAGAGUCAAAACUGGCAUAGAUUUAGAAAAAAAAGACUGAUUUUUGUUCUUGAAGUUUUCCAUAAUUUUUCUUUUGUUUGAUACAAUGUGAAAUGGUCUCUCAAUUAAAGAAACCGGUUGAUUACAAAAGA